GAUGGGAAUGAAACAAAAUUUCAGAAUACCAAAAGGUAUCAGAAUAGAGAUUAUUGAUGACUUAAAAGGUUCUCUCUUUGUUGAUCCCGACUUUAUAUAUACAAAUAAUGAGGAAAUAUCUUGGAAAAGGCCUUUUGAGUUGGUAGAGGCUGGCCAAAAACCAGAGUUAUUUGUUGGUGAAGUUUGUAAAAAAGAUGUACUUCAAGGUAAUCUGGGGGACUGUUGGUUUUUAUCUGCUUGUGCGGCUAUUUCUCAUCAUUCCAUGUUCAUGAAUAAAGUACUACCGCCAAAUCAAUCACUUUACGGAGAAAACUAUUCAGGCCUACUACAUUUUCGAUUUUGGAGAUUUGGCACCUGGAAAGAUGUUGUUAUUGACGAUCUAUUACCGGUAAAAUACGGUAAAUUGCACUAUGCAAGAUGUUUAGAAGAAAACGAAUUUUGGUUACCUCUGUUAGAAAAAGCAUACGCAAAAAUUCAUGAUGGUCAGUACGCCAAUAUUGAAGGUGGUUUCUCAAAAGAUGCCCUAGUUGAUUUAACAGGUGGCAUAUCGGAAAAAUAUUCAGUUAAAGAAAUGGAAGAAGCUAACCUUUUUAAAUAUUUGUUAAGAGCGUAUAAAUCGGAUGCUUUUGUAACCUGCAGCGCUAAAAAAGGGGAGACAGAUACUGAGAAUGUAGGCUUAUUAGCCAACCAUACUUACACAGUAACUCAAGUAGAAAUUGUAAGAGACAACCAAAAAAAUAAAAUAAGAUUAUUUAGAAUAAGAAAUCCUUGGGGAAAUGGUAAAGAAUGGACUGGUUCUUGGAGUGAUAGCUCGAUAGCUUGGCAAACAUUAUCUCACAGGACUAGGGAGAUUUUAGGGCAACGUAAAGAAGAAGAUGGGGAAUUUUGGAUGAGUCUCCCUGAUUUUAUAAGUUACUUUACUGAGGUUACAAUCUGCACUUUGGGUCCUGACUUUAAUGCUGAUGGCUCGGCAGACCUUAACAGAAAAUAUGACUAUAUUUCUGGCAAAUGGAUAAAAGGAAAAUCAGCUGGUGGUUGUAUAAAUAAUAUGGAUACGUUUUGUAUUAAUCCUCAGUUUUGUUUAACAAUAUUUGAGGAUAGUACUGACGCUGAGGAUGAAAUAGAAGAUGGUGAGCUAGAAAGAGGAACAUCGUUUUGCCAUUACAGUGUUUUAAUAGCUUUAAUGCAAAUCGACGAUAGUCAAAAGGGACGACCAGUAGAAAAUAGAAAGAAAAUUGGCUUUUGCCUUUAUAAGGUUGAUGAACCGAAAAGAUUAGAUAAAGAAUAUUUACUUUAUAACAGAGACAUUGGAGAUUCAGGGGAUUUUACUAAUUGGAGAGAAGUCUGCGCAAGAUUUACCCUAGAAACGGGAAAUUACAUUAUUAUUCCAUCAACCUUUCAUCAGAAUCAAGAAGCUUCCUUCUUAAUCAGAGUUUUCUCUCAGAAAAUAUUUAAGUUAACUGCUCUUUGA